CGGCCCGCGCGAGACAAACGAGCUGAUUAUGCCGAGAUAAAGAGCAUCUGGCUCGCGCUCGGUCCGAUAAUGGCAUGCGAUGGUUCAUCUGCUGAGGAUUUCCCGGACAAAGUGAUGCCCAGGGCAGCUCCCUGCACGUGCAACAAGAAGUGCAGCAGGAGCAGGAGCAGUAUUGUCUUCCUGGGAUUAUUCCUGCUGUCGCUGUCUCUGCACGCUGUCACCCUCGUCUGCUAUUUGGAUCUGCGGUCCGAGGUCAAAAGGGAAAUUAUCCACCAGAAGCGGGACUCCAUGUUGACACUUGCGGGGAGUGACCUGGCUGACCCGGCGGAGGUGCUCUCACCCGGCCACCAUCAGCGUCUGGACCCCGACAGCAGCCGCGGCGGAGAGGGUCGUGAGGAGAGGUUACUGCAUAGAAAUAGUGACUUCCUUGCCACAGAGGACAGCAGGGGCAUAACUCAGCGAUCGAAAAGGAGUCCCGGCAAGCAGCCAGAAACAGAAUCGACUGGAAAGGAAAGGAGGAAAGAGAAGAAAAAAGGAAAGAAAAGGUCAAUACCGGGCCCCCCUGGUCCCCCUGGUCCCGCAGGUCCACAGGGGCCACCGGGCAUCCCUGGAAUCCCUGGUAUUCCAGGAAGCAAUGCUGUGGGGCCUGCAGGACCCCCUGGACCUCCCGGGCCACAGGGACCUCCAGGCGCUCAGGGUCCAGCAGGAGUUCCCGACAAGACAAAAACAAAGGAAUUCCAGCCCGCAGUGGUCCAUUUGCAAGGGCAAGAAACAACCAUCCAAGUGAGAGAAGAUCUGUCUGAAGGCAUCCUUAGGAACUGGAAGAUGGUGUCCAUCCAUCACCGUGUGUUUAAAAUGCACUCUCGCUCUGGAGAGCUAGAGGUGCUGCUGGAUGGUGUCUACUUCAUAUAUAGUCAGGUAGAAGUGUACUACCUCAACUUCACCGACAUUGCCAGCUAUGAGGUGAUGGUGGACUCCAACCCGUUCCUCCGCUGCACCUGCAGCAUCGAGACGGGACAGCGCAAGUUCAACACCUGCUACACGGCUGGGGUGAGCCUGCUGCGAGCCGGCCAGAGGAUCUCCAUACGCAUAGUCUAUGAGGACACACUCAUCAGUAUGACCAACCACACCACUUUCCUUGGAAGUGUCAGACUUGGAGAGGCUCCAUCUGCUGGACAGAACUGAUAACUACACAAUCACCAGCCCUCUGCAGAAAUGAAACGUUGCUCACGACGGUCAAAUCAGCCCAGAGUAACACUGUCUUUUCUUAUCCAGCCUCAUGCAGGAUUGAUUAAUUGGUUAGAUUUGUGUUUUAGAAGCGACAAGCCCAAGCCUUGCCCCAUGAGACCCCAUCAAGAGGAUACUUCAAUCCUCCAGGUUAAUAAAGUUGAGGAAGCCCCUGGGUGACUUUUGUUCACUUUCACAGCUCUGUAUUAAAAAAAAAAAAGACAAUAUGGACUGUUAUGCUUCCGCUGCCAUUGAUUCUGUGCAAAGAGACUAACCUUGAUGAGCCAAAUGUCCUUUUACUCAUCAAACAAAUGUUUCUAUUUAUAGUCACCAUUUUGUGUCAACACAGACAGCAUCUCUCUUUAUAACAAGGAAGGACACUGCGCUGACAGAUACUUUAUAUUUACAUAUGUUUAAGUGCUGUUGAAUGAUAAUCUUGUAUCUCCAAACACACCAGCUAUUCCAAAUGUUUUAUUUUAAGUUUUUAGACUUGGAAUUUUUAAUUAAUUUAAUUAUAUUAACAGUUGUGGUUUAACAAGAAGGGGUUUAAAGCUCCAUAUGCCCCUGGGUUAUAAGGAAUGAUUAAAGUAUCAUAUAAAGGUUCAGUGCAAGUAUAAAGGUAUCUAUGCAACAUUGAUAAAAUCCAUUAAAACUGGAGUUAUAAGGUAUUCACAGAGCAACAGCACUAUAUAUUUUGCGCACAUUUGCACUACAGCAUCCCUGCAGAAUAUCAGUGAUAUGUUUUGUUACAGUGCUAUUGUUUAGUUAACGUAUGAAUGAGUCCAUGUGGAAAAAUGAGAGUUGUUUAUAUGUCUCUGUACAUAUUGUAUAUAAAAUGGGAUAUACUUUUGUAAAUGGAGUUGAUUGAUGGAUUAAAAUGUUUCAU